AGGUGUCUUCUUAAGAAAAGACCACGCCUAUAAAAUAUGGCGCACGAGGAAUCACGUGGCGUGGCAACUAGUGAAGAAACUGGCUCGAUUAUCGCUACAGAAGGUAAAGAGAGGGAAGGAGGUGAUGGAGAGAAGGUACUAGAAGGAAUGAGCCUGCUGGGAGGGACGGAGGGAGGCCUGGAGAACGCCAUUAGUAUAUUUUCAGGAGUUCGUGACUCGUUUUUACAAGAACAUCAAAAGAAAGAGGCUAUUAGGAGUGUGGUACAACAAUUGGAGAACACUAGCUGUAGACUGGUGACACAUUUUUCUCUUAUCCACCAAACUCCUCAUUCAAAAUUGGCUGAGUUAUGCAAAUCUUCUGAACCACUUCUGAAGGAUGUGGAACAACAGUUGUCCUCCCUCUCUGGAAUAAUCCCACCCAACCAUUAUUACAAGUAUCAUGACCACUGGAAGUGUGUCCUACAGAGGGUGUCAUUCAUGAUUUCUCUUAAAGCUUUCCUGGAGUCCUCGGUAUCUGGUAAAACCAGUGAAGCUCUGGUAACGAGAGAAUCAGUCUCAGCUACACUAGGAGGAUUUCAACUUGACCUUGAAGACUAUCUGAUUGGACUGCUCAUGCUAACAAAAGAACUGUCCAGAUUAUCAGUCAAUAGUGUUAUCUUAGGUGAUUAUAACGUUCCUGUUCAAAUACUAUCAUUUGUCAAUGAGCUCAGCAGUGGCUUCAGACUCCUCAAUCUAAAGAAUGACACUCUGAGGAGGAGAUUCGAUUCCCUCAAGUACGACACAAAGAAAGUCGAAGAAGUUGUCUAUGACAUGAAAAUAAGAGGACUGGUGUGAAAUAUGAACUAAUUUUUAAUAAUGCAUAUUUGAUCUAGAGUAGUAAUUGUAGAUGUAUAAACUAUAUUUUUUAUAGUAAAUAUAUGGUAAAUUUUAUAGUAAAUAAGUGGUUAUUU